CUCCAAGGAGGUCAGCAGUUGGAAACCACCAGCCGCCCCUUGAGAGCAAGACCAUCUUUGUGCUCCUAAACCAGUAGGGACUUGGACCAUUCGAGCACCUUCCUGAGCUGUCCAGCCAGGCACAGCUUCCCAGUCCUUGCAGCAGGUGCCGCCACACUGCCUGGGACAGCCAUCGGCAGCUCCGUUCUCUCCCCAAGCUGGGAGACCUGUUCCCACCCUGUGCCCAUCCUUCUGCUCUGCUCAUGCAGUAACUUGGGAGACAGCUGCUGCCUGGAUAACCUGUGAUGGGCAAGGAGCCACACAGAAGACAUUUCUUUUAAUUUUUAACCUUUGGUUUGCAAGACCAGCAUGUUUUGGAAGUUUGAUCUUCACUCAUCCUCCCACAUAGACACCCUGCUAGAACGAGAGGAUGUAACGCUGAAGGAGUUAAUGGAUGAGGAAGAUGUUUUACAAGAAUGUAAAGCCCAGAACCGCAAGCUUAUAGAGUUUCUGUUAAAAGCAGAAUGUCUUGAAGAUUUAGUCUCCUUCAUUAUAGAAGAACCACCUCAAGACAUGGACGAAAAGAUCCGAUACAAGUAUCCGAACAUAUCCUGUGAGCUGCUCACUUCCGAUGUUUCCCAGAUGAAUGACCGGCUCGGGGAAGACGAAGCCUUGCUUGUGAAAUUGUACAGCUUCCUCCUCAAUGAUUCCCCCCUGAACCCACUACUUGCCAGUUUCUUCAGCAAGGUGCUAAGCAUUCUCAUCAGCAGAAAGCCCGAGCAGAUUGUGGAUUUCUUGAAGAAGAAGCGCGACUUUGUCGACCUCAUCAUCAAGCACAUAGGGACGUCAGCCAUCAUGGACUUGCUGCUCCGGCUCCUGACGUGCAUUGAGCCGCCCCAACCCCGGCAAGACGUGCUUCAUUGGUUAAACGAGGAGAAGAUCAUCCAGCGGCUAGUGGAGACCGUCCACCCAUCCCAAGAAGAAGACAGGCAUUCGAACGCAUCCCAGUCCCUCUGUGAGAUUAUUCGCCUGAGCAGAGACCAGAUGCUGCAGGUUCAGAGCAGCACGGAGCCCGACCCCCUGCUCGCCACUCUGGAGAAGCAAGAAAUCAUAGAGCAGCUGCUCUCCAACAUCUUCCACAAGGAGAAGAGCGAGCCGGCCAUCGUCAGCGCCAUCCAGAUCCUGCUGACGCUGCUCGAGACGCGGCGGCCCACAUUCGAAGGCCACAUAGAGAUCUGCCCACCAGGCAUGAGCCACUCAGCGUGUUUGGUCAACAAGAGUGUUCUAGAAGCCAUCAGGGGAAGACUGGGAUCUUUCCAUGAGCUUCUGCUUGAGCCCCCCAAGAAGAGUGUGAUGAAGACCACGUGGGGCGUGCUGGACCCUCCUGUGGGGAACACUCGGCUGAGCGUGAUCAGGCUGAUCUCCAGCCUCCUGCAGACCAGCUCCAGCGGCGUCCACGGGGACCUGAUGGAGCUGGGUAGCAUCGGGGUCAUCCUGGACAUGUUCUUCAAGUACACGUGGAACAACUUCCUGCACACACAGGUCGAGAUCUGCGUGGCACUGAUUCUCGCAAGCCCUUUUGAAAACACCGAGAACGGCACCAUCUCCGAGCAGGAUGUCGCCAGCGACAACGUGUUACUGAGACACCUUUUCCAGAAAUGUCAGUUAAUAGAACGGAUACUUGACGCAUGGGAGAUGAACGAGAAGAAACAGGCAGAGGGAGGACGGCGGCACGGGUAUAUGGGCCACCUGACCAGGAUAGCCAACUGCAUUGUGCACAGCACGGACAAGGGCCCCAGCAGCGCCACUGUGCAGCAGCUCCUCAAAGACCUUCCCGAUGACGUCAGGGAGCGCUGGGAGACGUUCUGCACCAGCUCCUUAGGAGAAACCAACAAGAGGAACACGGUCGAUCUAGUCACAACCUGCCACAUUCAUUCAUCCAGUGAUGAUGAAAUUGACUUUAAAGAAACGGGUUUCUCACAGGAUUCUUCUUUGCAGCAAGCCUUUUCUGAUUAUCAGAUGCAACAAAUGACGUCCAAUUUUAUUGACCAGUUCGGCUUCAACGAUGAGAAGUUCGCAGAUCAGGAUGACAUUGGCAAUGUGUCUUUUGAUCGGGUGUCAGACAUCAACUUCACUCUGAACACAAACGAAAGUGGCAAUAUUGCCUUGUUUGAAGCCUGCUGUAAGGAGCGGAUACAGCAGUUUGAUGACGGGGGCUCCGACGAGGAGGACAUCUGGGAGGAAAAACACAUUGCGUUCGCUCCGGAGUCCCAGAGACGGUCCAGCUCGGGGAGCACGGACAGCGAGGAGAGCACCGACUCGGAAGAGGAGGACGGAGCCAAGCAAGACCUGUUUGAGCCCAGUAGCGCCAGCACGGAGGACAAGAUGGAGGUGGACUUGAAUGAACCUCCCAGCUGGUCAGCCAACUUUGAUGUCCCCAUGGAGACCACCCACGGUGCCCCCUUAGACUCGGUGGGGUCUGACGUGUGGAGCACGGAGGAGCCCAUGCCGGCGAAGGAGACAGGCUGGGCUUCUUUUUCAGAGUUCACGUCUUCGCUGAGUACAAAAGACUCUGUGAGAAGUAACUCGCCCGUGGAGAUGGAGACCAGCGCCGAGUCCCUGGACCCCCUCACCACCAAUGCGGCAGCCCUGACGGUGCAGCCAGAAGUGCCGGGCAGUGUGGUCAUGGAGGCCAGCUCUGACGGGGAGGAGGAUGCCGAGAGGACGGACAAGGUCACCGAGACAGUGAUGAAUGGCGGCAUGAAGGAGACGCUCAGCCUCACGGUGGACGCCAAGACUGAGACAGCCGUCUUCAAAAGAGUGUUGAAGUCCUACCGUGAGGACGGGAAACUGCCUACCUCUCAGGAUGCUGCUUGUAAAUACGUGUUGGAGGAGAGCUCCGAGGUGACGGAGGCCAAGGCCACGGCCCCCCAGGUCCCCAGCAGCCCAGAGCAGAGGACUGACCAGCCAAGUGCACCCAGCGACACGAUGGUCAAUGGCCCAGUAUGAUGAGUGAGCUGCUGCUGCUGCUGCUGCUGAGGACCACAGACCACCAUCGCCGGGGCCUCCGGAGGGUUCCAGCCAGCGGAGCCUCCCAGCCAGUCACCGCUGCACUUGGUGUACAGGCUCAGGACCAGCACCCUCUCCACUCGACGCUGAGACGUUGUACAGAGCACCCGACGUGUACAAAGACUGCACACUGGCCAAUGCCAAGGAUUUCCCUGUAUGUUUAUAUUGUAUGUUCUAAAUAAUGGGGCCUGUGAAAUACGGCCUGCCAGCCAUGCGAUAAUAGUCGUAAUUCUAUAGUUAAAAUGGCUGGAAGAAUAGUUUUAUAAAGUGAAUACACAGAUCUAUUGUAUUUGAAACAUAACUAUUUGACAAUUAUUAGUGUGACCAAAGUGCUAGGCAGUUUUCAUACAUUUUCCACCUUGUACAAAGUCCUGGAUCCCUUCCCCCUCCAGGCAGACAAAAGGAGCUGAGGGCGUGAGAGGCCUGCGUGUUGAUUUGGCUGUUCUGAUGCCACAAAGGUGAUUACGGGAUCUCUGGUGUUCUUUUUAUAAGCAGUUUUGGUAACUGUUUUCUCUAUUGUUUCAAACGGAUCAACAAUGUUAAGUCUGUCGGUAGAGAUUAAGUAUUUAUUGCUGCAGCCUAGUUGAUAAUUGACAUUUUUGUGAGGCCGUGUGCUCUGUUACAGUCUUGUUUGCUCGAAAUGACUCUCCCGCAGGUGAAACACUAGUCUUUGCAGUGGAGAUGGCUCGUGGUUUGGGUUCUUUUUGGCUUUCUGUUCUGUUCUGUUUGGGGUCGUUCAUCUGCCUCUUUAACCCAUUCACCAAGUUGAUCCUUGCUGGCCGGCACCCUUGAGUUCGGAAGUCCCGGAGCCAUCUGUACAGGCGGCACACAGACGGCGGUCGGCCAGCUCCUGUCCCCGGAGUGCAGACGCCGCCCACAUGCGCAGAACAGGCCUGCGCAGGGCCCCGCCCCGCUCGUGCGCACUGGCAACCUGGGCAGCCUGUGUCCCACGCUAGGUUCCCACUCGUCAAUUAUAAACCAGUGUGUUUUUGUUUUUUAAAUAACUGGUUUGUGUACAUAUAUGUAAUGAUUAUGGAUACUAAUUCAAUGUAAUUUAUAAUUUUCUAUGUCAGUGUAAAAAGACAUCACCGCCUUCUCAAACGGCUGAAGCAAUAUACCGUGUGUUGCCACACGUCUGCUGAAAGGGUUAACUGACUUCACCUCUUGCACCUUUAGAUGCAAAUCAGUUCUCAUUUCUGUGAUCAAAAACGACCUGCACCUUUUUACAGCCCUCGGUCUGUCCUGACCAGUAUUUAAAACCAAAAGGGUAUUCUGAAACAUGGCCAACGAUUUUUUUAGAGCAGCAUUCCGAGCAGUGUGCCUAAGCAUUACAUUGCGUGCGGAAAUAAAAAGUCACAUGUCGACGCCGCC